UCCCAACUAGUCUUGCUCCUUUCCAUCUUACUAACUUCCCGGGGCUCUUCUCGACUUCUGAAUUCUAAGGAUGGGUUAUGAAGAGUCACGUGAUGAGUGGGCAUUCCAAGCCUUUGGGAACAAGCUGUGUAACUCCCUAUGCUCCUUAAAGGAGUCGCUUUCCAUCUUUUAAAGGGAACUUCAUGGGACUGAAGUGGGGUGCCACGGAGCUUGUUGGGGCAGGAAGCGGCAUAGGUGACGCUUUGGGUCCCGGUGGUCCAGGUCCUUUCCUCAGCAAAGGCCUCACCGGCGUCGGUGACUCCGAGGGGUGGGGCCCGGGGAUCUGUAUUUACACGCCAGCCAGGUGACUCCGACGUUCAGUCAGGCUUGAGAGCCGAAGCCUCUUGCCGGCCUCCAGCGCUCUGACUCACUUCGCGCCGACCUCCCGGGCCCAGCCUCCACCGCCCGCCACCCCAGGGACAGGAACGAAGACCACAGAGCCCGGCCCUCGGCUGCCCCCAGCCCACAGCCCGCGGCGGGUUACAUAACGGGCCGCGAGCCGCCGCACUCUCGCGAGACUUCCACCGCCCCCCCUCCCCUGCUCGCUCCACGUCAGAAGGAACCGGGCGGAGCGGCCAACAUGGCGGAACGCAGGCGACACAAGAAGCGGAUCCAGGAAGUUGGUGAACCAUCUAAAGAAGAGAAGGCUGUAGCCAAGUAUCUUCGAUUCAACUGUCCAACAAAAUCCACCAACAUGAUGGGUCAUCGGGUUGAUUAUUUUAUUGCUUCAAAAGCAGUGGAGUGCCUCUUGGAUUCUAAAUGGGCAAAGGCCAAGAAAGGAGAGGAAGCUUUAUUUACAACCAGGGAGUCUGUGGUUGACUACUGCAACAGGCUUUUAAAGAAACAGUUUUUUCAUCGGGCCCUAAAAGUAAUGAAAAUGAAAUAUGACAAAGACAUAAAAAAAGAAAAAGAAAAAGGAAAAUCUGAAAGUGGGAAAGAAGAUGAUAAAAAGAGCAAGAAAGAAAGUAUUAAAGAAGAAAAAACAAAAAAGGAAAAAGAAAAAAAGAAAGAUGGUGAAAAGGAAGAUUCCAAAAAGGAAGAAACUCCAGGAACUCCAAAAAAGAAGGAAACUAAGAAGAAAUUCAAACUUGAGCCACAUGAUGACCAAGUCUUUCUGGAUGGAAAUGAGGUUUUUGUGUGGAUCUAUGACCCAGUUCACAUUAAAACAUUUGUCAUGGGAUUAAUUCUUGUGAUUGCAGUAAUAGCUGCCACCCUCUUCCCUCUCUGGCCAGCAGAAAUGAGAGUAGGUGUGUAUUACCUCAGUGUGGGCGCAGGCUGUUUUGUAGCCAGCAUUCUCCUCCUUGCUAUUGCUCGCUGCAUCCUGUUCCUCAUCAUCUGGCUGAUAACUGGAGGAAGGCACCACUUUUGGUUCCUGCCAAACCUGACUGCUGACGUGGGCUUCAUUGACUCCUUCAGGCCUCUGUACACACAUGAGUACAAAGGACCAAAAGCAGACUUAAAGAAGGAUGAGAAAUCUGAAGCCAAAAAGCAGCACAAGUCCGACAGUGAGGAAAAGUCAGACAGUGAGAAAAAGGAGGAUGAAGAAGGGAAAGGAGCUCCAGGAGACCACGGACCAGAAGGCUCGGGCGGAGAGCGCCACUCAGACACAGACAGUGACAGGCGGGAAGAUGACCGCUCCCAACACAGUAGUGGGAACGGGAAUGAUUUUGAAAUGAUCACGAAAGAGGAACUGGAACAGCAGACAGAUGGGGAUUGUGAUGAGGAAGAUGACGACAAAGAUGGAGAAAUGCCUAAAUCUGCACAAGAAAAAUCAUAAUCUGACUAGUUGGGGACUGAAUACAACAGGUUGGGUUCUCUGUGUUGGCCGAUCAUCAUGAUGUACAGAUGGCAUUUGUAGCAUUCUUUAAAUCCAUCUUCUGAACUGUAUUUGACAUUCAGUUAUAGUCAGCCUUUUGUUUUGUAGAGCAUUGGUACUACUAUUGGUACAGUCUAAAGCCAUUAAUAAGUUUUAUCCACCUGAUAAUUUUACAGUGAGUAGGCCUCAUUUUGAUAGUCAUCAGAGGUACCUUGUCCACAAUGACAUUUAGAUUAAGGGCAUUUUUGAUAGUUGUAUGGCUUUUUACUGUUAGACUAAUGGAAAUCACUAAAGAAACUGCAGCAUUUCAGAUUAUGCGGAAAUAUAUAGCCAUUUCGCAGUUUCUUUAGAAAAAUGCUUCAACUCGUUGUUCUUGCUAGUUACACUCUUUUCAUUUUGGUUUUUUGGGGUUUUUUUUGUUUUUUGUUUUCUUUCUUUUUUUUUUUGGUCAUAAAAUUACACCAGAAAAUUCCUUUUUUAAAGUUUUUGAGUUAGCAGGGAUCAACAGCAUUUUGUGGAAACAGACCAGCUAGUAACAGUGCAGCAACCCUUUUAAUUCAGCUACAGAUUCUCCUUUUCCAGCUUAGGAAAUCCCAACUGACUUGUAUGUUCAAUCCAGAGAAAGGUCAUCUCCAGCAGAAGUGAGGGGCACUGAGUGGACGACGAGGCUCUUCCUUCCUCCCCAGCUCCUUGUCAUAACAUAAAAAUGUAUUCUGUACAUAAUUUACAAAUAAAACAUUUUAUUUUAAUUGUUACUUAUUAUUUAGACAUUUCUCAACACUUAGAUUUGUAAAGCGGAAACCAUGUAAGGUGUGUUCUUAGCGAGCUUCAGUAACCCACAGAACAUCUGAUCUUUCUACAGCAGCUGCAGUUGUGUGCCAACAUUCCAUGUGUUUUAAUAUGAGUAAAAAUUAUCCUGAUUAAGAACAGCUGUGUGUACGCCUUAAUGUUCAUUUUGAUUUAUUUUAAAUCUUUACAUUUAGAAAUGGGGACUGUGUUAUCAGAUGAGGAGGCACUGCUGUGAAAGACAAUUUGCUGUCCUAAAAUACCAAUUAAAAAUAAAGGAUAUAAAAGAAAACAUAGAAAA